AGUUGGAUUGGGAGAUAAAACCCACAACCACAAACAAUAUAAUCACACACAUGCCUGAUACCACGAAAAAUUAGUGAGUAGAAAGUGAGAUUGAAGUGAUGAUGAUGAAUAGUUCCAUGCUGUAUCCAGCUUGCCUCACUCUCCUCCUCGCCCUCCUUACCAUCUCCCUCGUCAAGUUACUCUUAUUCCCGAAAAACAAAAAUCCCAAACUCCCGCCAAGUCCAGCACGGUCCCUCCCGAUCCUUGGUCAUCUCCACCUCCUGAAGGCCCCCAUCCACCGCACCCACCAGAAGCUGGCGGAGAAGGUGGGCCCCAUCUUCUCCCUCCGCCUCGGCCACUGCCGCCUCAUGGUGGUCGUCUCCUCUCCGGAGCUCGUGGAGGAGUGCUUCGUCAGAAACGACGUCGUCCUAGCCAACCGCCCGCAUCUCGUGUUUAGCAAAUACAUGGGCUACAACCACACCACCUUAGUCGACUCCUCCUACGGCCACCACUGGCGGAACCUCCGCCGCCUCACCACCGUCGAGAUCUUGUCCGGCACGCGCCUCAACUCUUUCUACUCAAUCCGUCACGACGAGAUCAGGCUCCUUCUGCAGAAGCUAUAUGGGACCUCUGCUUCCGGUUUCGCGAGGGUCGGCCUAAGGUCCUGCCUUUCGGAGCUCACCUUCAAUAACAUAAUGAGGAUGGUGGCCGGAAAGAGGUACUUUGGGGAGGGUGAUGACGAGGAGGCCGCGGAGUUCCGGGAGAUGAUAGAAGAGGUUUUCAGCUACGGCGAGGUGUCCAACCCGGCCGACUUUAUCCCGCUGCUGAGGUGGAUUGAUUACAAGGGAUUCGAGAAGAAAUUGGGCAAGGUCAGCCGGAAGAUGGACACCAUUUUGCAGCGCUUGAUUGACGAGCAGCGGCAGAGGAGCAAAGUUAAUGGCGGCGGCAACACCAUGAUCGACCACAUGCUUUCCCUGCAGGAGAAGGAGCCUAAGUACUACAACGACACCAUCAUUAAAGGCAUUAUUUCGGAUAUGCUUCUCGCCGGGACCGACACCUCAGCUGUGACCGUAGAAUGGGCCAUGUCUGCUCUGCUAAACAACCCCGAAAAACUCCAAAAGGCCAGAAUCGAGAUAGACAACCUCGUGGGCAAAGAUCGCUUGAUCAACGAGUCCGAUGUCCCCAAACUCCAUUACCUUCAACACAUUAUCUCCGAGACCUUCCGAUUGUUCCCAGCAGCACCAUUGCUUGUACCUCACGAAGCAUCGACUGAUUGUACCAUUGGUGGCUACCACAUACCACGUGGCACCAUCCUGAUGGCCAACGCGUGGGCAAUCCACAGGGACCCCAAGAUUUGGGAUGACCCCACAAGCUUCAUUCCCGAGCGUUUCGAAGCCGCAGAGAUUGGGCCCACCAAGCUCAUGCCUUUUGGCCUGGGUAGGAGGUCGUGCCCCGGGAUGGGCUUGGCCCAACGUGUCGUGGGCUUGACCCUUGCCUCUCUCAUUCAGGGCUUCGACUGGGAAAGGGUUGACGAGGCCUUGGUCGAUUUGACCGAAGGGACUGGGUUAUCAAUGCCCAAACUCCAACCCCUCGAGGCCAUGUGCAGGGCACGUGAUGUGCUUCAUAAUGUUUUCGGUGGGGUUGGGGUUUCCUCAAACAUUUGACUUCAUUCCUCUACAAUCCCAUGCUCCAGCGCUUAAUUUGUGUUUUUUGUGUGUUUUUGGUUUCACUCAUUUUCGCCUACCCUGUACCCUCGUCUUUGUGAUUUUCCUCUCAAUGUCUUUCGAGAGCUUGUGUUUUUUGUUUCACUUAGUUAAAGUCAUUUUCCGAGUCUCGUCUUUGUAAGUUUCCUUCCAAUGUCUUUCUCACACAUAUAGUAGUAAGAACGAAUAAUUAAGUGGUGGUGUUGUGUGCCUGUGUUUUUAAUUUGGUUUAUAAUAAUAU